UACAGCAGGUCCUUCUAGUUAGGUCAAGUUCAGCUGUAGCUGCUGAUUUGGAGCCAAAUGAAAUGGGCAGCAACCCUAAAGAAUACCAUCAGAGACUGCUCUAGACUCAAAAGAGCUCUCCACGUUCUGCAUCUUGGGCAUCUUUUUCUGCUGUUCUUGAUUGGACCAGUCUCAGAAUAAAGACAAUGGCAUUUUAUCCACUGCAAAUUGCUGGGCUGGUUCUCGGGUUCCUCGGCAUGGUCGGGACUCUUGCCACAACGCUUCUGCCUCAGUGGAGAGUGUCAGCUUUCAUUGGCAGCAACAUCAUUGUCUUUGAGAGGCUCUGGGAAGGGCUCUGGAUGAACUGCAUCCGACAAGUCAAGGUCAGGCUGCAGUGCAAGUUCUAUAAUUCCUUGCUGGCUCUCCCACCUGUCUUGGAAGCAGCUCGGGCACUCAUGUGUGUGGCUGUUGCUCUCUCUUUGAUUGCUCUACUUAUUGGCAUUUGUGGCAUGAAGCAGAUCCAAUGUACCACUUCUAACGAGAGGGUCAAAGCUUACCUUCUGGGAACUUCAGGAGUCCUCUUUAUUCUGACCGGCAUCUUCGUUCUGAUUCCAGUGUGCUGGACAGCCCAUAUCAUCAUCAGGGAUUUCUAUGACCCAACCGUCCACUUUGGUCAGAAAAGGGAGCUGGGAGCUGCCCUUUUUCUAGGCUGGGCGAGUUCUGCCGUCCUCUUCAUUGGCGGGGGUCUGCUCUGUGGAUUCUGCUGCUGUAACAGAACAAAAAAAUGGAACAGAUAUCCAGCCCCAGCUUGCGGCACACGACCAACAGAUAAGCGAAGGAAUGUGAGAGUGCAUAGUACGACCUCCACCAGUUAUGUCUAAUAUUUGUUUUUAGCAGCAGCUAUGGAUUAUGAUUGAUGUGGUUUACAAAGUUCUGACACAACCUGUAAGUAUUCCAGGCAGGAGAACUUGCUGUAGGACUAUAUUGAAAUUGAGAUGAAGAUUUUAAUUUUUCACCGGAGGCAGGCAUGCAAAUGAUAUAUGUAGACAUUUUCAUCUCCUGUAUAUUAAGUUUAUUUGCUAUUAUUGGACUCAAUCCCCACUCCAAUUUGUGUGGUCAAAAAUCAAGUAUAUGUUCAAUCAUCUAUAUGCAAUGAUGGACUACUUUUUUGACUAUCAUAUAUUUUCUGAUAAGAAGUCUAAAAUUGUCAUUGAUACUUCACAGCAAUAAAACAUACACAUAUUUUUAAAUAUAGCAAAGUUUUCUCAAAGUUAUUUCUUAUACUUACAGUAAAAGCUAAGUAAUGUUAUUUUUAAGCAAUCAUUCUGGAAAAAUUGUAUUUAUCAAAUAGUAAUUUGGGUUGAAUUUACCAAACUAUGGAAAUGCCUAUUCAAUACAAAAGAGGUUUUUUAUUAUUAUUCCUAUAGGAAACUCACACUAAAUUAAACACUUUUAAGGAUAAGGGGGCUAUGAUUUAUCUUAAGACAUGUAAGAGGAUGGAAUUCAAAGUUUCUAAUGUCUACAGGUAAACCUACUUAGAAAUAAACAUUCAGAAGAAGAUAAUUCAUAAAUGAAAAGUAGUAGUGUCAUAGCUUUGAUUGCCACCUUCAAGCAAAGAGAAGUAUCUCUGGAUGAGCCAUGUCGGAAGACCAGCACAAAUCUCUUCAAGAGGAUACACAGCAUGAUGAAUUUAGGGUUAGGUCAAAAGGAAUGGUUUCUAUGCCUUGAUUUACUUGUUAGUCAAUGCACAAGCCUAAACAUGCAAAGCAAAAUAAAGAAUCAAAGCAAUGAUUCAGGCAACUACUCAGGCUUAAAUAAACACCUCUUUUUAUUCUGUAAUAAACAAAUAGCCAUGGUUAAGGCAUCUUGUUUUACUUGAAUCAUAUGCAUUAUUUACUUAAUUCUUCACUCUCCAUGUGUAUAUACUACUAACACCAUUAAAAGUGGUUGGGGGUUGGGGCUGGGAACUGGUACACAAUAUUUAUGAAGAAAGAUUGCUUUAUGAGUUGCUUCUGA